GGAUUUUUGGAAGGGGUGUUUGGUUGUUUCAGGCCUGUUAUAUCAUUCAUAAGUCGAAGUGCUUCUAUCAAUUUCAAACAACCAGAACGAAAUUGGGAGAUAGCAUUUGAGAACAUUCAGGAUCUGCAAUGGUUGGGAAGUGGGACUCAAGGAGCUGUGUUUCUGGGCAGACUGGAUCAAGAAAUGGUGGCUGUCAAAAAGGUUUUGUCACUGAAAGAAACAGACAUCAGACAUUUGAGAUUGCUUAACCAUCCUAAUAUCAUCUCAUUCAGGGGUGUCUGCACACAGGCUCCAUGCUACUGCAUCGUCAUGGAGUACUGUCCUUAUGGACAACUCUAUGAUAUUCUCAAAAACAACCUUGACCUCCCGCCAUCUCUUCUCUACGAUUGGAUGAAACAGAUUGCCAAUGGCAUGAAUUAUUUACAUACAAACAAAAUCAUUCAUAGGGAUUUGAAGUCACCUAACAUUUUACUGACAUACAAUGACGUGGUGCGCAUAUCAGACUUUGGAACGAGUCGUGAGAUGGAUGAGCGGAGUGUGAAGAUGUCGUUUGCUGGCACAGUGGCCUGGAUGGCUCCCGAAGUCAUCAGGAAUGAAUCGUGCUCGGAAAAAAUUGAUAUCUGGUCCUAUGGCGUGGUACUGUGGGAGUUGAUAACCCACGAAACACCAUACAAGAAUGUUGACUCAUCCGCCAUAAUCUGGGGAGUGGGUAGCAACAGUCUCCAUCUUCCACUGCCCAGCAAAUGCCCUGAAGGAUUGAAGUUGUUGCUCAACAUGUGCUGGCUACCACACAAUCGUCCAUCCUUCCAGCAGAUCCUCAUCCAUUUGGAGAUUGCAUUAACUGAUUGGCUCAGCAUUCCAACAACCGAAUUUUAUGCACUACAAACAUCUUGGAAGAAGGAAGUAGAUGAAUUGAUGUCUAUAAUGCAGACGAACAGUCCUACCUACCAGAACAAUGAAGAAGUUCUCGUUUCAAAGAGGAAAGCAGAACUGAGACAUGCCCAGGACGUGAGAGAACAUUAUGAGCGCAAACUUCAGCGAGCCAACAACUUGUACGUUGAACUGACCAACUGCAUGCUCCAACUAGAGAAGAGAGAACAAGAACUUAUCAGGUCAUUUUCUGCUCACUUGUUUAUUCGUUUACUUGUUCAUUGUUUUUUGUUCAUGUUUGUUUGUUCAUUCGUUCACUGA